AUGACCGAGCCGUCCGACGAGCCGAUCGCGUACACGCGCACACGCAAGCCGCUCGUGCGCGAGCUCGUAGGCCUGCUCGUGGUGGGUGUGGUGCUCGCGUGCCUCACGACCGGCCUGCACUACCGCCUGCCGGCGCCCCAGGCUGCCACGCGCCCCGACGCGCCGCGGCCCGCGGGGCCCGCGAGCGCGGCGUGGUACGAGGCCUUCUUCGCACACAAGCUCGACGCGGAGCGCGCGCGUGCGUAUGAGCCGGCGCGGGCGCUCGAGGAGGCGCCGCCGUACCAGGGCCCGCUGCCCGCGCACUUUAGCGAGGCGAAUGCCAUGCUCACGAUCCAGCACCUCGCCGAGGACAUUGGGUACCGCGUGGUCGGCACGCAGGGGCACAUCGAUGCGGAGCAGUGGCUUCUCGACGUCCUGCGGCGCUUCGAGGGUGUGCACGCGACCGGCGAUGGCUACGAGACACACGUCGAGCUCUUCUACCAGCAGGGCGACGGCGCGCACCGCUUUGACAUUCUUGGCCACCCCGUGUGGAAGCGCUACUAUGGCAUGUCGAACUUGAUCGUGCGCGUCUCGGACGGGACCCCCGAGAGUCGCGCGGAUGCGCUGCUGCUCAACUCGCACCUCGACAGCACGCUGCCGUCGCCCGGCGCCGCGGACGACGGCGCGGGUGUGGCGAUUAUGCUCGAGGUCCUGCGUGUGCUCACGAUGCCUGGCGCGCCGCGUGUGCGCCACGGCGUGCUGCUGCUCUUCAACAACGGCGAAGAGUCGCUGCAGGACGCCUCGCACCUGUACAUGACGCAGCACGCCCCCACGAAGGACACGGUGCGCGCCGUCGUGAACCUCGAGGCGUGCGGUGUCUCUGGCCCGACGCUCCUGUUCCAGGCGACGGACGCGCACCUGAUCCAGGCCUAUGCGCGGGUCCCGCAUCCGUUCGGCACGGUGCUCGCGAGCGAUGUGUUUUCGUCGGGCGCGAUUAUGAGCGACACCGAUUUCCGGCAGUUUGUCGAGUACGGGCACGGCCUGCCCGGCCUGGACAUGGCGAUCGUCGGCUCGUCGUACCUGUAUCACACGCGGCGCGACACGCCCGCGUACAUGGAGCGCGGUGUUGUGCAGCACUUUGGCGAGAACGUGCUCUCGCUCGUCGAGUCGCUCGCGCUCGACCCUGCGUCGCCGCUGCCCGAGAUCCGCCCGUGGCCGUACAGCUUCAAGCCCCUCCUGCCCGUCUACUUCUCCGUCCUGGGCCACUGGCUCGUCCACCUCCCGCCGAAGCUGUUCAAAAACAUGAUCACGGCGCUGGCCGUCGCGCUCAACUUCUACCUGAGCGCGAUCAACUCGUCCGAGCGCCGCAUCGCGUUUAUGUCGACGUCGAUGCUCAGCUCCGUCGCGCUCGUGCUCAGCUACGCCGCGGCCGUCGCGGCCGCGAACGUCGUGGCUGCUGCCCUGCGCGUUCUCGGUGCGCCGCUCGCGUGGUUCGGGCACGAGGCGUACGCGGCCCUGCUGUUUGGCCCGCCGGUGCUCGCCGCACUCAUCGGCGUGCAGCUCGUUCUGCACUACCGCAUCGAGGCGACGCGCCGGCCGUACCUCGAGUAUACGACGUUCUCCGGCGCCGCUGUCAUCUACACGCUCGGCAUGCUACUGAUGAACUAUUUCCGACUUGGCUCGGCAUACAUGAUGAUGCUGGCGAUGCUUGCGUCGUUCGUGCCAAUCGCCGUCAACGACCUCGCGCUCCAGGGCCUCGGCCGCAUCGCCGCCGACGCCGUGGCGCCGGACCAGCGCGUGCACUAUGUGGCGUACCUGCUGGCACUCGUGCCGGUCGCCACGCUCGGCCUCGAGGGCCUCAUCUCGUUCCUCGACCUGAUUGUGCCGCUCAUGGGCCGCAUGGGCACCGACGUCCCCGUCGACCAUGUGAUUGCCUCGCUCGUCGCCGUGCUCGUCACGCUGAACAGCGGCGUGUGGGUGCCCCUGUGCCACCGCUACGGCCUGCGGUUCAUGCGCACGUCGUUGGGCGUGCUGCUCGCGCUCUCCGUGGCCAUGCUCGCCUUCUUUGCGCUGCCGGCCGUGCCGACGUUCGACGACCGCCACCCCCGGCGCCUCCUCGUGCACCACGUGGAAAACAUCACGAGCGGCGAGUGGCACGUCGCGUACACGCCCCUCGACUCGGCCGCGCGCGAUGCGGCGCUCGAUGCGCGUCUCCGCGACGUGCUCCUGCAUGGCGAGGCGAACACGACGCUCAGCUGGGACCAUGCCCCGCAUGCGGCGCCGGACAUGGACGUCCUGUUCCCCCUCACGCACUUUAUCCAGCCGACGCGCCUGACGCUGCCGCGGUCCCCGGCGCGCACGGCCGCAGCGCGCGACCCGGCGCGCUGGCGCGACCUGCGCCUGUCGUGCGAGGAGCUCGGCGCCGACCCCGCGAACGGGACGCGCGAGGUGCGCAUGCGCUGGGAGCACCCCGGCCUCGCCUGGUCGACGCUGUCGUUCGAUGCGGAUGUGCUUGCGUGGGACUUCCCCGCGCCGCCGCCGGCGGGCCUGCAGCGGCACCACCUCAAGGACGUCUCGCGCCUGGGCCACGACACGUUCGAGGUGCGGCUGACGAUCCGUGCGCCGCCGCCGCCGCCGACACCUUUGGCCGACACGCGCGUGCGCUCGCCGCCGGCGCACGAGGCGACCGCGCGCGAUCCGUCGCGCCUGCUUGUGCACGUGUCGGGUCUGGAUGCCUACGGCAUGUAUCCCCACCACCGCGCCACGGGCAUGCACUCGCUGUCGAUGCAGACGCUCCAGGCGCUCGACGACAUGCUCGUGUCCGAGUUCCCGGGGAUCGACCCCAUGCUCAUGUCGGUCGUGGCUAGCACCGCGCAGUGCUAG